GGCAGCCUCAGCACGGUCACUGUGACUCAUGCCGGCAGACAAACACCCAGGGAUGCUCCAGAGGGCUGCAGACCACCGUGGUGGAGGUGGUGGCUUUUGUCACCUCCCUCAGCAAAUUGGGGCUGGGAUGCUGGAGCACGCAAGGAUGCUGGAAGAUGCGGGGACGCUCGGCUGUGCAGGGAUGCCGGAGCAUGCAGAGGUACCCGUGUGCAGCGAUGCUCCGGCGUGCAAGGAUUCCUGCACACACCGCACUCCCUCACUGCAGUGCCUCGAGGCCGCUGCUUCCAGCCGCGCUCCACCACUGCCACCUACAGAGCGGGACCAGGAGGGCACCGGGCCGGGGACAGCCCUGAAUCAGCCCCGCCGGGGGGGUCCCCAUAGCCCGGAGCUCAGAGCCCGUGCUGGGGCCAGGAGGGGGUGCUGGGGUGGAAGCGAAGCCUUUGCAGGGUCAGCGCAGGGCUGCGGUCCCCCGCGCCCCCCACCAUCGCCCCGGGCGGUGCGGGACCGGCGGGGGGCGGAGCGGAGCGGGGCGGGACCGAUCCGGCCCCACGGAAGGGGCGGUGGCGUUUCCUGCACGGGGGUGGCACGGGGUCCGUCGCACGCAGCGAUGCCGGCGGAGCCGUUGGUCUGCGCUGACACCGCCACGCGGGUAAGCUCGGUGCUGAACCGCGACGUGAAGCAGUUCGGGAAGAAGCACAUGUUUGACGCCAACGAGGAGACGUGCUGGAACUCGGACCAGGGCUCGUGCCAGUGGGUCACCCUGGAUUUCCCCCGCACCGUCAGGGUCUCCCAGCUCCACAUCCAGUUCCAGGGGGGGUUCUCCAGCCGGCUGUGCACGCUGGAAGGCUGCAGAACAGGUGAAGAACUGGUGAAAAUAUCCGACGUGUACCCCGAGGACAUCAAUGCCAUGCAGAGAUUCCAGGUGGAGGAGACAGCACUGGAUACGUUGAAGAUCACCUUUGAGAACAGCAUUGACUUCUUUGGACGCAUUGUGGUGUACCACCUCCAGGUGCUGGGGGAGAGGCUGUAGGGCAGCAGUUGCCCAUCUGUCACCUGCAUUCCCCUGCGGGGGAGCUGCCCAUGUGGGGGAAUGGGACAGCAAACCCCACCAGCGGUGAUGUGCCACCCCCAGCUGCAUCCCAAAGUGCUGAUGGAGCGGGGACCUCCACCCCAUGGGAUGGCAGAGCAGGAGAGACACUCGUGCAGAGCGCUACAGGCUGGAAUUGUAAGCCACCUUUGCUGUCUUUUGGUGGGAUGCAGCCUGUGCAGAUAGCUGAAUAAAUGGUGGUGUCCCACA